AUGGGGAUCGCCAAAAUACUUGUGGUCGGAGGUAUCCAAGGCCAGCUCAAAAAGGCUUUCAGCAAGAUCUCAAAACUGCAAGCCAAGCAAAACUUCAGUCUCGCCUUGGUUGUCGGUGACUUGUUUGCCGCUGAGAAUGAUGACGCCAACUCAGAGGAAUUGCAAGCCUUGCUUCACGGGCAGAUCAACGUGCCUCUCCCAACAUAUUUCACGAUCGGCGAUUCCGCUUUCCCAGAUAUUGUCAAGGAAAAGCUCGAAGGCGAUGAUGACCUCUGUCCCAACUUGUUCUACCUCGGUCGCAAGGGAACAAUGACCACUACGGAAGGGGUGAAAAUCGUCUACCUCGGAGGUCGACUUGUGCAGAACGAAGCGUCCCUGACCCAGAAACUGGGCAAGUGUGACGCCCUGUACUUGGACAGCGAGGCACGGGGCCUCCAUGGCGCACACUCUGCCAACAUUCUAGUCACAAAUCAAUGGCCAGCCGGCAUUACCAACGGGUCAAAAAUCCCACUGCCAGAAGGAUUGGACGGUGGCCAGGGCACACAAUCGAUCUCCAAUCUGUGUCAAGCGCUGAAGCCAUGGUACCAUUUCUCAAGCAGUCCUGGAGGAGUUUGGGAACGCGAACCUUUCAAACACGUUGUGGACUACAAUUCGCUUGACGAAACGGCUGUGACUAGGUUCAAAAGCCUCCCGGGCGUAAAUGCUCCCACGAAAGAAUGGAUGACUGCGUUCACACUGGACACUUCACGACCUCCGCCAACAAUGGAGACUCCUGGGGUAUCACCCUUCAUCCGGACCUCGCCACCGAGGAAGCGAGCGGCUCUGGACGACCAAGACACAUACCGACGCUUCGGCAGUGGUGGGCAUGAGGAACGGCGGUCCAAACGUGCGCGCAGGAACCACAACAAAGACCCCAAUGAUUGCUUCAUGUGCCUGAACAAGGCUGGAGCAAAAACCCAUCUAGUGGUUUCUCUGGGUGAAGAAAGUAUGGUCACAGCCUCCCGAGGGCCGCUACCCUUGCCGUCGACCUUCCCUCAGCUGUCGUUCUCCGGACAUGUUAUGAUCAUACCAUAUUACCAUGCCGCGGACGAGUCAGCUCAAGGCAAAAGAACGGACGAAGAAGUGGCCAAUGAGUUCAAGGAGAUGAACCGGUUCCGCAAGGCCUUGAGCACAAUGAUCGGUUCAAAGAGUCAAGGUCAACUCGGCGCAGUUUGUUGGGAGGUCAACCGUACUGGCAUCCGUCACCAUCACUGGCAGUUGAUGGCAAGUCAGGCAGACCAUGUGAAGAAAGGUCUGGUCGAAGCUGCGUUCAAAGUAGCAGGCGAACGGAACGAGUAUCCUGCAUUUCAGCCAUGUGAUCCUGACAGUCAACUGCCCGAGAAAUCCGACUUCUUUCGAGUCUGGACGUGGGUGUCUGAUCCUGUCGAGAUGGCCGACCACACCAAUGGCAACAGCGAGAAGGAGUUCGGAGUGACAAAGUCCAUGUACUUCCCUCUCCCAACCGAUCAGAAGUUCAAUAUCUGGUUCGGUCGAGAGGUCAUGGCAGGCUUGUUACAGCUGGAGAAUAGGGUGAACUGGAUGGAUGCACUGCUGCGCAAGGAUGGAAGCGAGCAGUUGGCGGAGGAGGAGGACGCUCAAGGCUUGAGAGAAGACUAUGAGGAAUUUGAUUUUGCCAUGAAAUGA